CGUGUCCCUCUGCCUGUGGACGGUCACACACAGACCGUGAAGCGACACAUGGCGGCUAACUGCCAAAAACACAAAACCUACGAAAAACAACUCACCCAAAAAAAGACGAUGCACAAAUAGCAGUCUCAAUUCGGUUCUUUCAACCUUUUCAACACCGACAGUGGCCGUCCAGAGGAGCGUCGCGCUGCUAACCCUCCGGUUUAAUUUCCUCUAAUAUUUCACUUUUUUUAAUCGUAUUUUUAUUUUUUACGGUCGCCUUUUUUUAAGUCGCGUGAGAACAAGCUUGUCAUGGGUGUGCACGGUUUCCAGGAGUACAUGGAGAAGCGGUGUCCGGGCGCGGUGGUGCCGGUGGAGCUGCAGAAGCUGGCCCGGGGCAGCCUGGUGGGAGGCGGCCGCCACAGAGCGCCUCAGUGUCCGCUGCGCCUGCUGCUGGACGCCGACAACUGCCUGCACCGCCUCUACGGCGGCUUCUACACCGACUGGGUGAGCGGCGGCCAGUGGAACCACAUGCUGGGCUACCUGGCUGCUCUGUCCAAGGCCUGCUUCAACGGCAACAUCCACCUCCUGGUCUGCUUCAAUGGCGCCCUGGAGAAAGGCCGCCUGCACGAGUGGGUCAAACGGCAGGUGAACGAUAGGCAGACCGCUCAGCAAAUCAUCAGCCACGUCCACAACAAGGGCACCCCGCCGCCAAAAGUUUGGUUCCUGCCCCCCGUCUGCAUGGCCCACUGCAUCCGCCUGGCGCUGCUCCGGUUCGGUGUAGAGGUUGUCCAGAGCAUUGAGGACCACCACUUGGAAGUGAUAUCCUUAUGCAAAGAAAACGGCUUCCAUGGCCUGGUGGCGUACGACUCGGACUACGCCCUGUGCAACAUCCCGUGUUACUUCAGUGCCCACGCCCUCAAACUGAGCCGAAACGGCAAAAGCCUCACCACCAGCCAGUACCUAAUGCACGAAGUGGCACGGCAGCUCGACCUCAGCCCCAACCGUUACGUCAUUUUUGCAUCACUUUUAGGAAAUCACAUCCUGCCUGAUGAGGACCUGGCCGCCUUUCACUGGAGCUUACUUGGUCCAGAGCAUCCGUUAGCAUCGUUGAAGGUGCGUGCCCACCAGCUUGUGCUCCCACCCUGUGAUGUUGUCAUCAAGGCUGUGGCCGAGUACGUGCACAGCCUACGAGAUGUCACCGACCUGGAGGCCAUCGCUAGGGACAUCUUCAAGCACUCACAGUCCUGCACUGAUGACAAAGUGGUGCGUUUCAAGAAGGCGGUGGAGUACUACUCAGCGGCCAGUCAUCAGCCUCCGUUCCCUCCACAGUUAGUUAGACCAAAACAUGUUGGAGUGCCUGUUGCAGCGCCACAACAUGCAUCUCCAAAGAUGCUCAACAUUCCACAGUUGUCUCAGCCUGUCAAACCUGUGCUUUCAGGAGACCACGUUCCUCCACUGAGCAGUCAUGUGUGUCAGGUCCAGCACUCUGAGGUGGACAAAGGCCUCACAGAGCAGAACAGCUUCAGCAGCAUUCCUCCAAUGAAGCACACGCCGUUAUAUGAGAGGUCCUCUCCCACCAGCCUGGGACACACCGGCAGUCCCGACCAACCGCAUCCUGCUUUGUUUGACACCUCGUGCACAUCAUCUUCCUCAGAGAAUGACGAGAGCACAGGCACGACUGCCAAUCAUGUGAGUGACCACGAAGGAGGAUGGGAGAAAAAUGGAGAUCACUCUGAAAACACACCAGAGGAAAAACCGGUGGACCAAAGUAAAGUGGACUUUACUGUAACAUCUGGUGGAAACCAGGCGUCACAGGCUGGAGGUCUGAACAACAUGGAUGCCCAAAUUCCAUCCCUGCUUUCUAUGCCCACGAGGAACCACAUGGACAUCACCAUCCCACCUCUUCCUGCUGUGGCGCCUGAGGUGCUACGGGUAACAGAGCACAGACACAAGAAGGGCCUUAUGUACCCUUACAUAUACCACGUUAUCUCCAAGGGAGAGAUUAAGCUUUCUGUCACCAUUGAAGAUGAAGCAAACAAAGAGCUGCCAUCAGCGGUACAGCUGUUCCGGCCUAUCCGUCAGUAUGUUUACGGAGUGCUGUUCAGCCUGGCUGAGGCCAGAAAGAAGGCUGACAGACUCGCCAUGAGGAAGAACUGCCUCCCAGAAUAUCCACAUGUCAUGGUGAAGGAAUGGGCUGCCUACAAAGGAAAGUCUCCACACACUCCUGAGCUGGUGGAGGCUCUGCCCUUUCGGGAGUGGACCUGUCCCAACCUGAAGAAGCUGUGGUUGGGAAAAGCUGUGGAGGACAAGAACCGCAGGAUGAGGGCUUUCUUGGCGUGCAUGCGCUCGGACACUCCAGCUAUGCUGAACCCUGCCAACAUCCCCACGCCCCUCCUGGUGCUCUGUUGUGUGCUGCGGUUUAUGUUACAUUGGCCAGGAGUAAGAAUUUUGCGUCGUAGCGAACUUGACGCUUUCCUAGCCCAAGCACUUUCUCCUAAACUUUAUGAGCCUGAUCAGCUGCAGGAACUGAAGAUCGACAGCUUGGAUCCUCGAGGAGUUCAGCUGGCUGCUCUGUUCAUGAGUGGAGUGGACAUGGCUCUGUUUGCUAACGACGCUUGUGGCCAGCCUAUUCCAUGGGAACACUGCUGUCCAUGGAUGUACUUUGACGGCAAGCUGCUUCAGAGUAAACUCAUCAGGGCCAGCAGAGAGAAAGCCCAACUCAUCGACCUCUGUGAUGGUCAGACUGAGCUGGUUACCAAAGUGGAGAAGAUGCGUCAGAGUAUCCUGGAAGGUCUGAAUUUCACUCGUCCACCUCAUCCACCUCCCUUAAUGCCUCCGCCACCACCACCUCAACCUUCUCACGGGAUGCCUUUCUACCCUCCGGCUGGACCUUUUUACCCUCCGCCCUCUAUGAUGCCACCUCAAGGAAGAGGCAGAGGCCUUGAAGGCAUUUCGUCACAGGGAGGGAAGCUGGAGAUCGCUGGCACGGUGGUGGGUCAGUGGGGCGGUACUCGACGUUCCCGAGGAAGAGGAGGGUUCCCUUUGCAGGUGGUCUCUGUUGGCGGCCCAACUAGAGGUCGUCCGAGAGGUGUGAUUUCCACGCCUGUCAUAAGGACAUUUGGACCAGGAGGCAGGUACCAUGCUCGGGUCUUCAGGAACCAGGUAGCAUACCUGACUAAGCCUGUGCCCACAACUGGAUAUGAUGGAGUGAAGGAGAGAAAGAAGGCCAAGGCAGACGAGAAGAAGUCCUCACCUGUACUGUGCAACAGCUCAGCAACUGACAACGGCAUGGAGGACAGAGAGUCAGACCACCUGGACAGAGAUAAGGGGGAAUGCAGGGCUCUCAUCCAAUCUGAAAGUGCCUUUAGCAGUGACUCCAAGAUGUGCAAUACUAAUCCUUGCAUAAAUGCACUAAAUGUAGACGGCGGCUGCCAUAGAGAUGAAGGUCUUGAGGUUGCUGUCUUUAAAAAAGAAGAGUAGUCUAUUUUUCUAGAGAGGGUGGAGGACAAAAAAGACAGAACAGGGUUUAGGAAUAUCUGGAAAGUUGGAAAGCCUACAGUAAAGUAUAUUUUUACUCAGAGAAAAAAGAUGAAAUUCAGAUCCCUCUCGGUGAAUAAAAGUGACGUGCUGUAUGACAUAAUGCUAGUUUGAGUACAACUUUGGAACACGCCUCCUGGUCACCAAGAUUUCUUUAUGAUUUCAGUAGUUUGUGAAUGGUAUUUUGCUUUCGUAAGAAUCCUGAUGCUUCAAGAAGCUUGAAUUUGGCAUCAUUUUGUUUCUUAUAGGUUGAUACUCUUCCAACAAGUGUGUUUGUCACUGUAAGGUAAUUUGUGUUGUUCUAGUUAUUUCUCGAUGGAAACCAAACCUAUAAGAGUUUAAAAGCACAGUGGAGUUUCACCUUCAGUUUGUUUAAGCAACUGUCCCUUAGUUCAGCUGUGCUCCAUACAACUUCAUUUAGCUGUAAUAUUUCAAGAAACAGCUCUAAAAUAACAAUAAUAAUAAUAAAAAAAAGUCUUGUUUAGGUUUCUGACAUUUGUGGGGUUUCUUGAAUCAAAGGUAUUAAUUGUAAUAUGACUGCUUCAGCAAAAACCUCCUGCAUGGUUGGCAGUUUAACAGGUGUGUAGUUAUUAUGCAUGUUGUCCUUCCAUCCUUACACAGAACUUGCUGAACUCGGUACCAGCCCAUGAGAGCUGUUAACUGUUCGCGACAGAUUUGUUCUGACCUUGAGUUUUUGUGAUAUUGACCUCUUCUGCGUUAAAUAGCCACCUUGAAAUAGUGUAUUCAUAUUAUAAUUGUUGUUCUCUCUGUUUUCUGCAUAACUCAAAAGUGUACGAGGAAAAACAAAUCAAAAGGCUUUAAUCAGUCACCAACCAAUGUGCUUGACCUUCCAAUUAAGAUUUUCAUAAUCAGCCAGUAAUCGUUUUUGAUAUUUACACUCCUGACAUUUUUUUGCACUCGCACUACUUCUAAACAGGAUCAUUAAAUAACUUUUCCACUUAAUUCUCAUGAAGCUUUUCAUCUGUUAUUAGUGGUCAUAAAAAAUGGUGUAUUUCCCCUGCAAGAGCUAAAUAAGUUACCUUCUCUGGAAGCUGGUCCGAGUUUCUUCCUGACUCUCAGAUGGAAAAGAACGAGCCGCUGUCGGGUUUGACUGACUGCUGAUGGAUUGUGGCGUGAUGUAUCUGAAGGCAAUUCAACUUAGCUACAAUGCUUAAUAAAGCUUUAUUCUUUUAGGAGA